AUUUAACAUAUAAUUUUCACACACAUCAAAAGACUCGUCUCCAUGCCAGCAAUAUGAAUGCAAAUAAAAACCUCAGCCUACUUGCUGUCUGCCCGGUUUAAAAAUAGAAUGACAGUUGUAGCCGUUAUUAAUGUUUUGAGACUUGAGUUACAUAGAUGUUUAAAAUAUUUUAUUUUAUUUAAAUUUUCAAUUGGAAUGUAUUGUUAGGUAUUGUAAUUAGUUAAUUAAACUUAAAUAAAGUUGUUUAGGUUAUUGAAAGAAUGGGUAGUAAUAUUAGUAAAACGGGAAAUGAAACAGCUGCUCAAGCGCAAAAAAACGACCAGGACAAGGACAUUGGCGGCAAUCCUGAUCCUCGGUCUCCAACUCCCGAAAUAACUCGAACUCCAUUACAGAAUAAAUCGGGAUCAAAACAUAAUAUUACGAAGAAUGUGGACUUAAGAAAGACAUUUGAGGGUAAUAAUGGAGACGUAAAGCUUAUUCACAAUAAUCCAAUUCUCACCGCUGUCAUUAAAAAUCACUUGCAGUCGUUUGAUCCGAGGUCUCCAACACAAGAUUUCGAAAGGACGCCCAUUGUGAUUAAUUCUAAAACUGAUAAUCUAAAUGGUGAACAUUAUAUAUGUGGAGCAGAUAACUUUGGUAGUCCCAGCCUUCCAAAUGAUUCAUUUGAUAAUAACAAUGAUGAGGUGUCACAAAAGGUAAGCCCAGAGUUGAUUCCAAAAAAUCUCUGCAAUGAAUUUUAUGAUUUGAGCUUAGAAGAUAGUUUAAAAAAUGAGGAACCACUGGGGUCAUCAACUGCAUCAAAUGAAGUGAUAGAGAACAAUAUAUCAAAAGAGGAACAUAAGCCAACUCAAUUACUAGAAACAAAUUUCGACUUUGUUGAAAAUGACACAAUCCAAGAAUGUAACGAAAUGGCAUGUGAUUCAGAGGUAAAUCAGGCAAAUGAUAUUAAAAAUAUUCCACUUUUUAAAAUUAUUAAUGAAGAUCCACGAUCUCCAUCCAUGGGAAUUGAAAGAACACCCAUCGUUGUGUCUAAAGUAGAUGACAAUUCUAUUGAACACAGCAUAGAGGAAAUGUCAGAUGAUUUACUUAUUAAGGCAUUACAGGGCACAAAUGUACAAAUGGAUCCAACAAUAAGUGAUAAUAAAAAUUCUGAUGGAAUUCAUAUUUAUGAAGAUGAAUCAACUGCAUUAAAUGACACACCAAAAAAAUCAAAGUCUGCAAGUAAUAGUGGUUCUAGAACUCCACUAUCAUGUAUGAGGAAUAAAACUGAUGUAAGCCAUGGCAGAUCAAAGUCAGCAAAUACAUUAUAUGAUCCCAAGAAUCAAAAAGUACUAACUAAAAUACCAAAAAGAGCAUCUCAUAUACCUCGACUCAAAUCAUUAUCUAAACAGACAAAAUGUGUUUCAAGAGAAAGUAGUAUUUCAUUGAAAAAUUCUGCAAUAAGUGGUGAUUGUGAAAAUACACCACCACAAUCACAUCGUGAUAGAUGGGACAAAGACAGCAGCAUUGUGCUUUAAGUUUUUCUUUUUUAAUAGUACAGGAUGAUGUUAAAAGCUAAAUUAGUAUUAGGUUAUGUUUAUUUCUAUCAAUGACAUUGGAUUAUUACUCAAUAUUUAAUUGUGUGUCACGAUUUAUUAAAUACUUUAAAUACA